AUGAAACGUCAAACUGAUACUAGUUGGAGUUGGGAAGAACUUCCUACAAAAACCACCAAUGAAACAUUUGUUACUAUGGACACAAAAAAUGUAAAUGAAGGCCUAACAACUGCUUGUUUUAAUAUUCCACAAACGAUCAGUGGAGUGAUUGAUAUAAUAAAAAAUACAAGUGUAGACGAUGAAAUUGAAAGAAUUUAUGUAACAACCGCUUGUUCUCGUUGUCAGAAACGUCACAUAAAAUGCGACGACCGAAAGCCUUCAUGUUGUAACUGUGAAGAAAAGGGUUGUGAGUGUAUUCGUAUUCAGCCGGAACUUCGGCGUGGCCGUCCCCGAGGUACGCUUAAUGGACAGGGGAAACACCCCAAAAGAAUUACAAACAAUGGAUUUAAGAAAACUAGAAAACCCAGAAAAAAACAAUCGAUUGAAUCUAACAAUGCCAAAUUUAACAAUACCAUAAAAGAAUUACUCAAUCAUGAAGGUGUUGGUUUUUACGGAAAUAAUAAUAAUGAUCCAUCAACUUUGGGUUUUUAUAAUGGAUUGACGCCCUCCUCAUCUUUUCAAAGUAGAUCGCCAACACAUUUAUAUUCGUUCACAUCUUCGCAUGAUACUUACGAUAUUAACAAUAACAAUACUGUAUAUAGAAGUAGCAACUUGACUGAUUCACCAAUUCAAGAUCCGUUCAGCUUUUUUGACAUCCCCAAUCGAUACAAUGUGCACCAAUUUCAAAUUCCACCUGAAAACACUAGUGAUUUUGUGCUUGGUCCGAAUGCAUUAUCGUUAACUACGAAUAUUGAUCUUGAUAUAGUUGAUAAUAACUAUGAAGGUGAAUACCAUAAUGUGUUAAUGGACGGUUCAUUGGAUACGUUCAAUAGUUCUACACCAAUGGAUGGACCAUAUGUGGAUUAUUUUAACACACAUCUAUCAUACAAAUACAGCAAAUGUUGGUAA